AAACGACCAGUUAUUUAAUCAAGGUUGAGUCUCUGCAUUGUUGCUCAAAUCUAGAAAUGAACCCUAAGAUAGCCCACGGGCUGCCUAACCAGGUGAAGGGCUGAUUAGUGUUCUCCAACAGACGGGGAUUAAGCUGUUAGUGUGGAAUUAUUAUAAAGCAUACGUCAGCAGAUAUCCACCCAUUUCAUAGAGACAGUGGAGCAGAGGGAUGUCCUGUUAGGAGACGGAGCUGUCGGUCAGACGUGGAGCUCCAGGAACAGGAAUAACCUCCUGAGUCAGUGCCACGACGCUGACACACCACACUACCCGGCCGGGUUGCCUCUGCUCCGAUCAUAAGCGUCCUAUGCUAUUCUGCUCAAGAUGGCGGUGCAGGCAGCGGGAAAGGACGGAGUAGUGUUGAAGAAUGUGGAGGAUGGCCAUCUGAAUGACUCGCUGGGGAGCCCCGGCCUCAUCUCACCUGACAAGGAGGAUUUAUCACGUAUUCUGACGGUGCCAUUCAGCGGGCGCAUCCGGGGCGGCAUGCGACCAGGGAAGAAGAUCAUAGUGAUGGGGAUUGUGGACCUGGAGCCAGACAGCUUUGACGUGAGUCUGACCUGUGGCCGUGACGCGGAGAAGGAGGAGUCUCCACACGACGUGGCCCUGAAACUCACCGUCCGCUUCACCGACCGCCAGUUUCUGCGCAGCGCCCGUGUUUCUGGGAAAUGGACAGAGGAGGAGGCAUCCACCGCCUACUUUCCCUUCAUCCCCGACCAACCUUUUAGGGUUGAGAUCCACUGCGAGCACCAAAGGUUCCGAAUAUUCGUGGACGGACACCAGCUCUUUGACUUUUAUCACAAAGUAAAAUCUUUGUCCUCUAUCGACACAGUACGGAUACAAGGAGAUCUACAGAUCACAAAGCUUGGCUAACUUCCAUGCUCUUCCUGUUGUGCAAGUCAUGUGUGAAACAAGGACUUGAUUACAGAUGACUACACACGUAUGCGCCUGUAAUGUCAUCAUCCAUAACCCAUAAUGCAACAGUGCAGCAGGAUAGCAACUGGGAAAAGGCACUGGCAGCGACAAGUUUAUGUGCUCCAUUUCAUUCCCUUCUUUCUGUUACACCAGGAUCUGAUGUAAUGAUGCUUUGUGGAUAAAUGUGUUUGCUCCUUUUUCAGGUUUUUUUUGUCCUCGUAGCUCCAGUUUUUGUCAGAACAGGGAUCUUGCAGUUUAUUAUUAGUACAUUCAUUUUUAACAUUGAAUCCUUUAGGGAUGUGGAGAUAAAGGCAGGUGAUAACUUUUCAUGGAUGGAAAAUAGCUCAGAUGGUGUAGGCACCAGUUACUCAGGCAGAAAUAUCUGGAAAUUUGCAGCUAAUAUCAAAGCCAACAGUUUCUCAUGGGUGAAAAUCUCCGGAUUUGACUGAUUAAAUGUUUCAAUUGAUGGAAAUUAUGCAGUUCCUGUAAAGAUCAAACAUUUAAUUGGGUAAACUGGAUAAAAUGCAUAUGAUCAAGCUUAAAUAGACACUGAUCUUAAGAUUGUCGCCCAAAUACACUGUGGAAUUUUGUGGUGUCUACAUACUGACUCUUGAUUAAUUCCCACAAGGGCCAAAACACCUUUUUUGAGAUUAGAAACUGGUUUAAAGCAAAUUGUUGCAGGUUAUUUAACACUUUCAGAGCUGAGUGUACUUGGAGUUGUAGUUGUGUUCUAAAUCUUCUGAUCACAGUAGAGCGCAGUAUUACACCGUUUUCUGUAUUUGUGCAUUGCCAACACUGUAGGCACUCCCUCGGGUUUAUUCUUGUUGUCAUGGUAACCUGCUGCAGUCUCACUGACCUAAAUACCCAAAAUUGAAGACUAUAUGAUGACAAGAUGUAGCAGAGAGCGCCCCGUACUGUACACUGCAUGUGUUUGUGAACAGGAAGUAGAGUUAGGACGGUUUACUCUGGUGGGCAAGGACAGUGGAGAAACAGCGUUUUAAAAUAGUUCACUGAACUGGACUCUGUUCUCUUUUGUAGAGCUUAGAACACUUUUCCAUUCAAACCUCAAAGUUGUACAGUAAUACAAUAUGCAAGUCAUACUCACAAAAACAAGCCCUUCAGUACAUAUUUAGAAGAAAGUGUGCUGUCAACAUGAGCAUGUGUUAGGUGAGCACAAACUAACUUCUAAAUCCUUCAGUUUGUUUGGAAGCAGGAUCAGGUCUCUUUGGUAUUUUGAAUGUAAAGUAUUUGCAUUUCUGUAGUAGCUUAGAAGAUGUAGUGAUGCACAAAGUUGUCACAGUGUUUUUGGUGGUAGGGCUGGUGCUCAGUCUGACAGUAUGCGUGUUGUGCUUUUAUAGCUGUUCCCUGACUCAUUCCACAUCAGCAGAUACACAUUAUAAAGCAGUUACAUUCUUGUUUAACAGCCAGUUUUACAAGCCUGUCGUGUCUUUUAAGCAUUGCAUGGUUCUGUAACAUUCCACUCCUUCACUGAGGCAGAAAGGAAGUUCUAGUAAAUACACAGUAAACACUUAUCCUUAAAGCAGAACUUGCAGUACAUCUUAAGGUGCUCUUGUUGCUCUAUUCACACCUCAGACAGUAUCAGCACUCACGAGGCUUUCUCAAGUGUAAUGCAUACAGUAAAAUUUCACCUCACAGAUUUUGGAUUCCCUUUCUAGGGGUGUGUAAGGUGUAGCUUAUGGUUUAUUAAUGGAUAAUAUAUGAUUUACUAAUGCUUUAUAAUUAGAAGCCAUUAAUAGAAACCCUUGGUUGCAAGGCAUAAUCCCUAAUUUUUUGGUAAUAAAGCAGUUAUUAAUGUCGGUAAACAAGAGUUCAAAGUUAAAAGCUAUUAAUAAGAAAAUUUUUCUACUUUCUCACGCUUUAUAUCAGGACUGAAAGUAAGUGGAUUCUGGUCCAGAUGUUCUACCAGCUGUUUUAUAGAAGCUCAGAGGGGAAAAAAAACCCCAGGAGGAUUGGUCAAAGGGUUGUUUUUUUUAAACAAUCUGGCAACCAAAAACUGGUUCCCUAUAAUGGCUUAUUACUGUAAAUCAUUUAUUAACCAUUAAUAGUCCUAAUUUGUAAACCAAAGCUAGCUUGUUAGAAAGUGGCACUGAUUUCCAAUGGUUCUGUAUAAAGGUAAAAUAUAAAUUUUUGGUCAGUGUGAAGACAGAUGUUUAUAAUAUCAAACAAAAGAGUGAAAUCCUCUGAGCUCUUAAUGCUGCCAUCUUUUGGAUGUAGUUUGUGAUCAGCUCGACACAGUGAAGAAGCACAGUAGCUGCACAGAGUUGACGUUACAACACUCUUACACUUAGGCCUUCAGUGUUGAUCUUAACAAGCUAAAGAACGUUUUCCUGUCACCUUUUGCUGCUGUGAAUUUGGAGUAAGCCAUGACACCUGUUCAGAACAGUUGCACUGACUUCACUGUAGAGCACUGUUAAUGAAGCUUCUUUUAGAAUUCUGAACAAACUUUGAGGAAACCUCUCAGUAUCAUCUCUACACAGUUAGCUGCAGAUGUGUGCAGCGUUCAUGCAUGCACUAUUUAUUAGUUCCUUUCACAUAGCAAUAAAGUCACGGCUCAACCGCUGACUGCUCCGGAGCAGGACUUGUUUUCUCCUGGUUGGUCAGAUAGAAUCUUCCUGACUCCCUUGUUUUUGCUUGGUAGGCGCUGGUUUAUUUCAGACACAAACAGGAAAUGAGUACGGUUUGGUAUGAGGGCAAUGCGAAGUUCACUUUGAAAAGAUGUGAGCCAGUGCAAUGCAUCAUUACUCCAGUGUUACGGCAGAACAAAUGUGUACAAAUAAUGUGUAACUGUGUUGGCAGGGUGUGUUUUUGGAUACUGCUUUUUGUG